AUGUCAUCUCAAUCGCAAAUACCUUCAAACAAUCCAAUGUCUUCAUUUCAUCCAAAUCCCUAUUUAGAUAUUGCUUUAACCAAUUCUCCUCCAAAAAACAUAUCAGUCAAACUCUCUCUUACUUAUCCACCUUUGCCUCAUGAUAAUAUAGAUGACAACCAAGACUGUCAGUCUCAAGCUUCUUCGAGUUCAUAUAUAAAAUUCAGAUUUUUUCAAACUGAUUCUAAAGACGAUAUCAAACAAGAAAUAGCAAAAGCUUUUGAUGUUCAAGAGUUUUCUUUAAUAGAUGAAAAUGAUAACAUCAUUACUGCAAGUUGGUUUUCGUUAGAAGAUAACCAAAGAUACAAGAUUAUUGAUCGUUCUUUCAUUUAUAAAAGUUUUGAUGAUUGUACUUCAGAAAACCGUUUCUUUAUGCUAAAUAAUGGUAAAAAAUCGGUUAUUUAUGAAAAAAAGCGUGACCGUGAUUCAUAUCGUAGUAAUAAAAAGUUUUCGAGUAGUAGAUUAAAUAGGGUUAUUAAAUUAAACAUGUGGGAAGCUGGACUUCAAAGUUAA